CUUGCAGUAGGGACGGAUCAACAUGAAAAACGCUUCUUUGUCUUUCGGCCUGGAACACAACCCCAUUGUGCAUCAAAAAAAGAACCGUUGUGUGUAACACAAGCCCUGUUUUUUUGAAAUACAGCGAGACCAUCUUAUUUUUAAGCAAGCGACGUGGCAGAUACUCAAGGACGCGUGCAUAAGAGAAAGAAGGAAAAAGAGAACAGGCCGCUUGCGUUUUUCUUUUUUUUGAAUUUUUCUGUUGCCAUUGGAAUCGAAUGCCAGCAGCAUAUGUCUAUCCAACCUUGGACGACGAACCGCUCGUACCCAUAACCACGACGAGUGAAAAUAGUAGACACACUACUGUCAGCACUGAUCAUCCAGGAACUGCCUUCUCCACAUCUGUCAUGGAUCCUUCAAUUACUGCUGCCACUACCCAACGGCGGAAAGAAGUACCUCUUGCCGACGAUGAAAAGGAAGAGCUCGAGCUUGACUCGCUUGGCAAAAACAAAGAGUCAAAUACCAACGAAAAUUACAAUGACGACGCGACAACUGCAACGACGACGACAACAAGUCAGCCAGAAACACUCCACAAAGAAGAUCUCGGCAACUUCAUCCUACUUGUCAUUUUAUAUCUACUUCAAGGUGUACCUGUGGGUCUCUCAUUCGGAUCGAUUCCAUUUCUCCUCAAGGAGCAAAUGUCAUACUCGCAGAUCGCCGUGUUUUCUUUAUCGUCGUGGCCAUACUCCUUGAAAUUCCUAUGGUCACCAAUCGUAGAUGCACUUUACUCACCCACCGUGGGACGCCGAAAAUCAUGGAUCAUACCUAUCCAAAUCAUGACCGGCUUUCUUUUCUUGUUGCUCGGUCAGAACAUUGAUGCCUUAAUGGAAGCCGAGCAUAUCCCGAUCUACUAUCUCACCUGUGCAUUUUUUAUCACGAUCUUUUUCUGUGCUACUCAGGAUAUUGCUGUCGAUGGCUGGGCUUUGACGCUUCUGUCUAAAGACAGCCUUUCUUAUGCGUCCACCGCUCAAACCAUUGGUCUCAACACAGGCUACUUUCUAUCGUUUACGGUGUUUCUGGCUUUAAGCUCGCCCGAAUUUAGCAACAAGUAUAUUUGGUCCGAGCCCCAGCAGUAUGGAAUUUUAAGAUUGGGUGCCUACAUGAAGUUCUGGGCGUUCAUGUACUUUGCUGUGACCGCUUGGCUUAUUUUUAUGAAAAAAGAGACACCUUCUCAUACCGAUGAAGACCAGCUGGGUAUCAGAGGAGUAUAUACGACAAUCUGGAAAAUAUGCAAACUGCCACACCUGCGAUCGUUCAUCUUGGUGCUAUUGACAGCAAAAAUUGGGUUCAUCUGUCAUGAGGCGGUGACGUCUCUGAAGCUUCUUGAAAAGGGAUUUUCCAAGGAAGAUUUGGCCUUAUCAGUUCUACUGGAUUUUCCUCUCCAGAUCUUUUUUGGUUAUUAUGCAGCAAAGUGGUCAAACGGACCCCGACCAUUAAAGCCGUGGUUAUAUGCAUUCUAUGGGCGCCUCCUGUUUUCAGCAGUAGGGAUGCUGGUUGUCGCUUGCUAUCCACAGGAGAAAGACAUUGGCUACUUUUAUUUUGGCGUUAUUAUGGGCUCGACGGUCUUGGGCUCAUUCAUGUCCACAGUUCAGUUUGUCAGCAUUUCUGCCUUCAUGACCAGUAUUGCCGAUCCGCUCAUUGGUGGAACAUACAUGACGCUCCUCAACACAUUUAGUAACUUUGGUGGAACGUGGCCCAAAUUUUUUGUACUGGAGGCAGUUGAUCAUUUCACAGAAGCUACCUGCUCUAUACCAAACGCUGGUGGACAAGAAUUUUCAUGUGUGGAAGAGAGUGGUGCUUCACUAUGCAAGGAGCUUAAUGGAACAUGCGCAAUCCAAAAGGAUGGAUAUUAUACUGUCGGUAUAAUUUGUGUUGCUAUAGGGUUUGUGCUUCUUGUCGGUUAUAUUCGACCAAUAAUUCAUCGUCUAGAAGGAUUAUCGAAACGAGCAUGGAGAAUUAGUCGGUAGUAAUAGUUGAUCGUUUAGUGGUUGGCAUUUUAAAUAUAUUCUUUUCUCUUCCUUUCAUCCUCAACAUCCUUUCUACUCCAUUUCAAUUCCGGACCUUGUUCUUAUCAAUACAUUAAAUAUCUUAGUUAUAUCUGAUAGAG